GAUUCUCCUGUCGAGUGUUGUUGUUGUUGUGUCCCAGGCGGAACGCAUAGGGUGCGUGAUGUUGCCUGUGGUCACUUAGACAUACACUUUUUCGGAAACCUCUCCCGUUCCUGGAUAUUCAUGCGACCGGUUAGUGGGGUACUCAUUGAAGUAGUCGGAGUUACCCAAGCCAAGGCCUUCCAGUUUGUGACAAGUCAUUCAUUUGGCGGUCGAUUCGAAGCUAGCGAGACAGGGAGGAAAUGAACGAGAUUUUCCUGCCGGUUCGAUUGAUUUUGCGAGAAAUGCUGAGGAGAGGGCGGGAUAGUGAAAGCCACGCUCUCAUAGCUAGUAGCAGUAUGUCCUAGGCAUGCUCAAUGGUCGCUUUUGUCUGAACUACGGAGGCUUGUAGUAAAAGUUCAUUGAUUCGAAAGGCAGCAGGAAUUUUCAGAUGAUUUCGUGGUCGACCUAAAUCGGAAGAAUAUCGGACGGAGCCUUUACAGAACACCAGAAACAGGGGCCGGGCAGGUGCCGCAGUUCCGCCGUAGCUCAGGUGGCAUUCGAAGAUGGGUGCUGGCGCUACCAAGCGUGCUGGUGACGAAAACGGUGUCACUAUUAUCGGUCCGGGUACGGGUGGUGUUGGUGCGAACGACGACGGAGCGGCGGCGAGGCAACGACGACACGCUUCGGAAGCACCUGGCCAGAAUGUCGCAUCGCAGCGGACCCGCUCUAAUGUCGUACCAGUGUAUGUGGCGGACGCUCCGGCUGUUUGGAAAGACACACCUCACCGCGAACCAGACACCGCGACACAACGACAAAAUCCACCAUCCGCAGAGUGGAACGAACGCAGUGUUGAGCCGCCAGUAGGCUCCGGGCGAGGCACAGCGAAUCCACAGCAUGCAAUGUCAAGUACUGCUGAUAAUGCGCUCAGUACAAGUCAUGCUGAAAAUCACCAGCAGAAACAGCAGCCUGACCAGUACCAGCAACAGCCCACAUCUCAGCAGCCAGUGCACCAAGUGCAUCAACAGAACGUGCAGAACACAAGCAACGCACAAUCACAGGAAGGUCUACGUUCACACCACAAUACCGAAAGCUCACAGCAGCAGCAGCAGCAGCAACAGCAGCAACACCAGACCAGCCAGCAACAGUAUUACCAGCACCACCAGCAGCAGCAGCAACAGCAGCAACAGCAGCAGCAGCGGCAAAACCGGCAGCAACACCAGCAGCAAGGUCGCACACAAAUAUCAGAACCAUAUCCAGUACCAUCCACAGUGGAUCAAUCCAUCAAGACGGAGAAUGGCCAGUUAUACCCGAACCAGUCACUGAGUAACCCAUCGAGUGUGCAGCACCACAACCGUCACCACCACCACCAUCACAGUCACACACCCGAAAACAGUCCACACGAAUCGAGAACACGAAAAUCAGCUGUCCGCCAGAAGGAAACAUCUCGUUCAGCGCAUACCAGGGACAAGCAGAGCAAACCACCGCAGGAGGGAGACGUCCUGAAGAAGUUUGUGACGGCCACUGGCGAGGAACUCACGGUCUAUCGUGCUGAGGAUGGCAAACUGUAUGCCAUCAACUGGGACACACAGGAGUGGAAGAGAGUGAGUACAGAGCAGCUGGAAGGAGGUCACAUUGAAGACGAACAAAGGACAACCGGCGAGGAGACACUGGACACCGAAGCUGAUCGAUCAAAACUGGAAGAGCAACGACUAGCAGCGGAGAAGAACUCCAGAUCCGGUGAAUUCGAACAUCCCAAGCAUGGAAAGUUCCUCACUCACAUGUUUGAGAUGAAGCUCAAUGUGGUGUGUUUCCUGGACGAACACUCUGGUGAGUGGGUGCGUAUGCCUCCAGCAUGGGAACUCCAGCUGCCAGCCAUACAGCGGCUGGUGAAGAGAAUCAAGCGUAUGGUACCCCGGUGGCAGAACGGACAUGGACAUUCUCAGCUGGCUGCGAUCUCUAAACUACAGCUCGGACAACGUUAUUGGGGACUUCUUGGCUGCAGACGUGUUCGGUUGUAUGGAGAUGUCCGAUUUCAAGCACAGUCCGCCUCAGCCGCAGAAGGAAACCAACGACCCGGAGGAGGCAGCCGAGGAAACGGAGGAGAACCCAAUGGAGAGUAUGUCCAGACUGAUACAGGGACUCCAGGACAGUUUGGAGAAGCGGGUAACAGAUCUGGCAGCCGUGUCGCUGGAGAGCGGGCAGAUGAAGGAGCGAAUCAACUUUCUGCAGCUUGAGCUGGAGAAUGCACGGAGGGAAUCAGACAGACUGCAAGAGGAGAACAUUAACUUCAGAGUGGAACUGGAAACCAUGCGCCAUGACAACCGGUCGCUUAACACGCAGAUGGCUGGCGUGAAGCGGCAGCUGGAGUCGGCC